AUGGACUGUGAUGACCUGUGUUUUCCUGUUUUAUCAAAUCGAUUAAUAUCUGGGAUUUUUAUCUUUACAGAAGCCCAUUCUCUGCAGUACUACUACACUGUGCUUACACCAGGAACAAAUUUCCCAGAGUUCAUUGUGGUUGGUCUGGUGGAUGGAGAGCAGAUUGUGUACUAUGACAGCACCAUCAGAAAGUUAAUGGCAAAAACGGAGUGGAUGAGGAAGAUUGGUGAUGAUGAGUUGGACUACUGGAAGAGCUUCACCCAGGAGAUGCAGGAUUCUCAGGAAGACUUACAGCACAUUUUAAGUACAGUCAUGAAAAGCACCAAUCACACCACUGGUGUUCACGUACUGCAGAGGAUGUACGGCUGUGAUUCCAGCACCACUGGUGGAUACGAUCAGUACGGUUAUGAUGGAGAAGAUUUCCUCAGUCUGGACCUGCAAACUCUCACCUGGACUGUAAAGAACGACCACGCCAAAGCUAUUAUUACCAAACACAAAUGGGACAGUAGCAAUUACAUAAGGGGGCGGGAGAACUUUCUGAAAAACGACUGUGUGGAAUGGUUGAAGAAGUUCGUAUCUUAUGGCAGGACUGCGCUUGAGAGGAAAGAUCGUCCUGAGGUGUCCGUGUUCCACAAGCACUUCUCUCAACCAGAGCUGGUGUGUCACGCUACAGGUUUCUUCCCCAGACGACUGGAGAUGUCCUGGCAGAAGGACGGAGAGGAACUGCACAAGGACGUGGAGAUCACAGAGACUGUACCAAACCUGGAUGGAACCUUCCACAGGAGAGCCGUUCUGAGAGUCUCACCUGAGGAGCUGAAGGAACAUGAAUACACCUGUGUGGUUCAGCACAGCAGCCUGAAGGAGGACUUAGUGCUUAAAGCUCCAGCUUCUGUAGAUGUAGGUGGAGGAUCUCUUGGUAUCACCGUUGGUGAAGUUGUGGUUGCUGUUCUUGCUCUGGUUGCUCUUGUUGUUCUUGUUGCUCUCAUUGCUGGAGUUCUGAUCUGGAAGAAGAAGAAGGCUGCGCAUGCUGAUGAUAGAACCUCCACCACGAAUGAAGCUUAUUGAUCGGUGGCUCGCUCCAUGAUGUCUCGUAAGCCGCUGCUACUCAGGACAUGGUCGGUUGGCUUAUCGUGUCCUGAAGAAAGCACAUGCUGUACCUGGCUGUCGUGUGAUACAGUGAAACAUGAAUGUAAACAAAAUGAUUUGUUUUGAAUGUGUUUGCUGAUGAAUGUUUUUUCCAGCUUCAGCUUUCAUGGCUUAGCUGUACUUGUGCAAGAAUUUUAAAAGCAUUUCCUGCUCUUAUACUAGAAAUGCUCAAAGAUAAUUGGUGUAGGAAAAUGAGCAGAUGACGGACUUAUAUCCAAACCGUGCAUUUCUGAGAGCUGUGUACAAAACCUGCCAUUUUAUUGUUUUAUUUUUACUUGUAUUGCUAGAAUGCAAG